CCUUCUCCGCGUUUUCAUUCACAUAUACACGCACACCACUAAUACAUUUUCAGACAUAUAUAAUACUCUUUCAAUCCAAAAGCACAUUAUUCAAACAACAUGGCACUCACCACAACAUUUUUCUCUCUCUUUCUCCUAAUCAUCACCGUCGCCGGACAAACAACUCCGGUGGCUGAAGCUCCGGCACCGGCAGCCGAUGACUGUAACGGUAUAUUCUUGCAGUAUGUGUUUAAUUCCGGAUCUAAAAUCAAACCCACUUUGAAAACUCGUCAACCCUACAAGUUUCAGUCUAUUCUCAGUAUUACUAACAACGGACUUGAGGAACUUAAGUUAUGGAGGGUUUUUGUUGGGUUUCAACAUGAUGAGAUUUUGGUUUCUGCUUCUAAUGCUCUGCUUGCUGAUGGGGAAUCAUUUCCUGCUUUAGUUGGUAAUGGUACUGUUUUUGCUGGAUUUCCGGCUGCCGAUCUUAAGACUGCUGUGGAAACUGCUGGAGAUACUACACAGACGAGUGUUCAAAUCAAAAUUGUGGGUACCCAGUUUGGAGUUGGCUCUCCUAAUGUACCUAUGCCCUCCAAUAUCUCUUUGGAAAAUGAUGGGUUUAUUUGCCCUAAACCCUCUAUGCAAGGAAAGAGUGUUAUGCAAGUAUGCUGUAUUAAAGACGAAAAUUUCAAAACAAAUUUGACGUUGGGUGAGAAAUUUAGUCCACGCCAAGAUGGGGAUCUUACAAUUAUGUAUGAUAUCCUAAGAACAUAUGAUUCAAAUUACUGGGCUCAGGUUACCAUUGCAAACCAUAAUCCCCUUGGUCGCCUUGAUAACUGGAAACUAAGUUGGGACUGGAUGAAGGAUGAGUUUAUUUGGGAAAUGAAAGGCGCAUAUCCCUCUGUUGUUGAUACUUCUGAGUGUGUUUUUGGGCCACAGGCAAAAUUUUAUCAAAACCUUGACUUUUCCACUGGUUUGAACUGUCAGAGAAGGCCGACACUAAUUGAUCUGCCGCUGGAGAAGACCAAUGAUACAAAGUUGGGAAUGAUACCUUUUUGUUGUCGGAAUGGGACAAUCUUGCCACCUGCUAUGGACCCAAGCAAGUCUGUUUCAGCAUUCCAGAUGAAUGUCUUUAAAAUGCCUCCAGAUCUUAAUCGCUCCUCGUUCACUCCUCCACAGAAUUGGAAGAUUGAAGGCAGACUGAAUCCAGAUUAUAAGUGUGGACCUCCAGUCCGUGUAAGCCCCACCCAAGUCCCUGAUCCUAGUGGAUUGUUACCUGCUACAUCAGUAUUUGCUAGCUGGCAAGUUGUAUGCAACAUCACCCAACCAAAAGGAGCUAGCCCCAGAUGCUGUGUUUCUUUCUCUGCUUUCUACAAUGAAUCUAUCAUUCCUUGUCCAACAUGCGCCUGUGGUUGUCCUUCCAAUACUGCUCGUACAUGUAGCACGAAAGCCCCAGCUCUUCUCCUCCCAUCUCAGGCUCUUCUGGUUCCAUUUGACAAUAGAACCAAGAUGUCCCUUGCCUGGGCUGAAAUUAAUCAUCUUCCAGUUUCAAACCCAUUGCCAUGUGGAGAUAACUGUGGUGUAAGCAUCAACUGGCAUUUGUUCACAGACUAUAGGGGUGGAUGGUCUGCCAGGAUCACCAUCUUCAACUGGGAGGACGCUGCUUUUGCUGAUUGGUUCACUGCGGUGGAAUUGGACAAAGCAGCGGCUGGUUUUGACGCAGUGUAUUCAUUCAAUGGAACUAUGUUAGAUGGGGUUAAUAAUACCAUAUUCAUGCAGGGCCUUCCAGGCUUGAACUAUAUUGUAGCAGAAGCAGAUGGAGCUAAUCCAGCGAAAGAUCCCCGAGUACCUGGGAAACAACAAUCAGUAAUCUCAUUCACAAAGAAGAAUAUCCCAAACAUCAACGUUGCUGCUGGUGAUGGGUUUCCAACAAAAUUAUACUUCAAUGGAGAAGAGUGCUCAUUGCCAAAGCUACUCCCAACAAGCAGUUCAUCUAGAAUAUCUUCAUUCACUGUCACUACUUCCAUUCUUGCAGCAGUUGUGGUUUUUAUGUUGGUGCGACAAUAGCAGUGAGCUGUGGCGUUUUCUCUUCAUUUCAUACCCUGCCAAUUGAUUCAUUCUUUAGCGUCUGCUACCAGGUUUUAAUGCUGGUGACUAAUCUUUCAAUCAGUUUGUCGGAUUAUGUAUUUCAGGGACAAGGUUUUUUCGGCGAGUUUUGAUUUGUAACUAUUUAUUACUCUGGAAUUCUCAUUCCAGACAAUAUUUGACUUUAAAGUUAAUACCUGUAUAAUUAGCAGAUAAGAUAAGAAUACCUCAGUUUGUUCAUCAUCA